AUUGUGCAGGGUGAGAAGGCUGCUGCAAGGACAACCAGAGGCUGGAAAUCAGUCCACACAUCUGGUUGCCCACCAGAUUCACUUUCAUUGGAUGAGCAAGUUACAUGAUCCAGGAAGUAUAAAAUCCAUCAUUGCUUGGCUCAUUUUUCUUGGUUUCUGUUUCUCCAAGCCUGAUGAGAAGAGCCGGGAAACAGUGAAGCCUGCAACUUCAAUAUCCAUCACGAGAGUACACAACUUAUUCGUACAACUGAAACACAUAAUUAACUAAAUGAAAACCAGGCAUUGACUCCUAACUUGGUUGAAUUUAAGUCAAGCUGUGAAGCUCCCCGGUGCAGCCAGGAGUGGAGGCAAACAAGUUGAACUGAAACCUGAGAGCAUCUAGGGGACUUUGGACAACUGCAUCUCAGAGUUUUUAUUCUUCCAGAAAUUAGCAAGAGGACUUCGGACCCCAGGGUGAGACGGAAAAAAAUGGAAGGCCCCCCGUGUGUCUCUAUUUUCUUGAUUUUGUGCAUCUUUAUCCAAGCAAGUGCCUGUGGACAAAGCCUGGAACCAGCUCGGGAGGCCAGAAGUCCAAGCUCGAGCUGUCGGCCGGGGUCAUUUGGAAGAACCCCUAGAGAUGUUGAAAGAAAGAAAACCUUGCAGAAGACAAAGACCAGAUUCCUGCUCUUUGAAGACAAAACUAAUGAGGGCUGUGAGAUUUGGCUCAAUCACCCAGACACGUUACAAGAAUGCCACUUCAACUCCUCCUUGCCCCUGGUGAUGAUAGUCCACGGGUGGUUGGUGGACGGCAAGCUGGAGAGCUGGAUCUGGCGGAUGGUGGCCGCGCUGAAGGCUCGGCAGUCCCAGCCGGUGAACGUGGGGCUGGUGAACUGGAUCACCCUGGCUUACCAGCCCUACACCAUCGCCGUCCGCAACGCCCGCCUCGUGGGCCAGGAGCUCGCAGCUCUUCUCCAGUGGCUGGAGGAAUCUGUUCAAUUUUCUCGAAGCAAUGUUCAUCUAAUUGGGUACAGCCUGGGUGCACACGUCUCAGGAUUUGCUGGCAGUUACAUUGGCGGAAUGCACAAGAUUGGGAGAAUUACAGGGCUGGAUGCCGCAGGCCCUUUGUUUGAGGGAACCCCUCCCAGUGACCGUCUUUCACCAGAUGAUGCCAAUUUCGUGGACGCCAUUCACACCUUUACCCGGGAGCACAUGGGCCUGAGUGUGGGCAUCAAACAGCCCAUUGCUCACUAUGACUUCUACCCCAACGGGGGCUCCUACCAGCCUGGCUGCCACCUCCUGGAGCUCUACAAGCACAUUGCCAGCCGCGGCUUAAACGCCAUCACCGAGACCAUAAAAUGUGCCCACGAGCGAUCAGUGCACCUCUUUAUCGACUCCCUGCUGCACGACAGCCUGCAGAGCACAGCCUACCAGUGCAGCGACAUGGACCGCUUCAGCCAGGGCCUGUGCCUGGGCUGCAAGAAGGGCCGCUGCAACACCCUGGGCUACCACGUCCGCCAGGACCCACAGAGCAAGAGCAAGAAGCUCUUCCUCCUGACUCGAGCCCAAUCCCCAUUCAAAGUUUACCAUUACCAAUUUAAGAUCCAGUUCAUCAACCAAACUGAGAAACCAGUAAAACCAACUUUUACUGUGUCGUUACUUGGAACAAAAGAGGAAAUGCAGAAAAUUCCCAUCACUCUGGGUGAAGGAAUUACUAGCAAUGAAACCUAUUCCUUUCUUAUCACAUUGGAUAUGGACAUCGGCGAGCUGAUCAUGAUCAAGAUCAAGUGGGAAAACGGUGUGGUAUGGGACAAUGUCUGGAACACGGUCCAAACCAUAAUCCUGGGGGGCACGGAGCCUCACCACUCGGGCCUUGCUCUGAAGACCAUCAAGGUCAAAUCCGGAGAAACCCAGCAAAGAAUGAUAUUUUGCUCAGAAAAUAUGGAAGAUCUACAACUUCACCCAACCCAGGAGAAAAUCUUUGUGCGGUGUGAAGCAAAGUCUAAAAAAUUGAAGCAAAAGGUCAGAUGAGCUUUAAUGAAGUCUCAGCAUAAAGGAUAAAUGAGUUUUAAUUCCUUAUCUGGAGUCUAACAAACUCCAAACCAGAGUUAUAUAAAGAUUCUUGCAUAAAGUUUAGAUUUAAAUAGUGAAAUGCAUUUCACUAUUUUAAACUGAGCUGUAAAAAACUAUAUUUUACAACUAUUUUAGAUGUUAGUGCAACUAAACAUUUUCCAGUGUUACCUUUGAUUGAAUGGUAAUACAUACAAAUCAGUACAAACACAAGCACCAUUUGAAAUCCAUUGUUCUAAUUAAAAAUGUCUUUUAGAAUUGUCACAUUUCCUCUAUUUCCUUGCUCGUUUAUUCUGAACAGUUUUUUGAACCAUGCUGACAAGAUACUUCUUUAUUAUAUAACUAGCACUUCAAUAAAAUGAAAUUACAAUUAACCACUAAUUGUGUGUCUCGACAUACACACCCAUUAAGACAAUACAAGUUACUGAAAGAAGAAAAUGUCUCAUUAAGCUAAUAACUGUAUCAUCAUGCAAAUAACACAGUUAUGUAGCUGAAACAAACUAGAAUUCUGCCAAAGGUACUAAUGAUAUGAUGAAAGCUGGGCGGUCAGUCAUUUUAAUAUUUAAAUUACAAUACAAUUUUUCUCUUUUACUAAUACUAGCAACAAAAGCUAAUGGAAAACUUAGGAUAUCUGAGCUUUAGAUGUCAAGUCUCAAACUGUCCAAUAAAUGAAAUAAUGGCAUUUUGCCCAGCAAAUUCCAUAACAAAGCACAUGAUAGAAACAGAUACUAGAUACUAACUCAGAGUUCACAUUCUCUUCACCAGAGCAGAUUAAACCAGGGUUCAUGAAACCAAAAUUCCUGAAGAGAUGUUUGCCUCUCACUAAGUCAAUUCAAGAUUAUCUUGCAUGGUUCACUUUUAUUUCCCCUUGAAAGACACCUGAAACUAAAGGGUAGCAGUGGAAAGAAAGACAGUUGGAUCAAUGUUUCGAAAUGGAGAUCCUUUCCUGAAUGCUAAUCUUGCCUGCAAAAGUAUUUGGCCCGACUUUUAGGUAAAGUGUGUGGUGUGUGCAUGUUUGUGUGUGUGCACACACACCUGCAUUUCUAGAAUUGAUAUAUAUUAAAAUGAACAAUAUUUCAUGUUAUGUCUAAAAUACUAUGGUUUACAAUAAAAUCAUGUUUGCAUUGGA